AUGUGAAAAAAGAUGUGCGGGAGCUUAAACUUGCAACUGUUUGCGAAGAAGCAAAGUGUCCAAACAUCGGGGAAUGCUGGGGAGGCAAAAAAUCAGAGGCUACAGCGACUAUCAUGUUGCUAGGUGAUACUUGCACUAGAGGAUGCCGCUUUUGCUCUGUGAAAACAAACAGGUCACCAGCAAAACCAGACCCCAUGGAACCAGAGAACACCGCGGAAGCUAUCCUGAGAUGGGGGUUGGGUUAUGUUGUCUUGACUACAGUGGAUAGAGAUGACCUAGUUGAUGGUGGCGCUCAUCAUCUAGCAGAAACGGUCAAGCGUAUAAAGACAAAAGCUCCACAUAUUCUAGUCGAAGUACUUGGUGGUGAUUUCAGAGGUGAUUUGAAGAGCUGUGAGAUUUUAGCUUCAUCUGGAUUGGAUGUAUAUGCUCAUAACUUGGAGACCGUCGAGGAAUUAACUCCACACAUAAGAGAUAGAAGAGCUACUUAUCGACAAUCUCUAUCGAUUCUUGAAAAAGCAAAAUUGACGAAGCCAGACUUAGUGACAAAGACCUCUCUAAUGUUGGGGUUUGGGGAGACCGAUGAACAAAUUAUUAAAACACUUACAGACUUGCGUGAGAUCAACUGUGAUGUGGUGACAUUUGGUCAGUACAUGAGACCCACUAAACGUCACAUGAAAGUGGUGGAGUACGUAAAACCAGAGAAAUUCGACUAUUGGAAACUCAAAGCAUUGGAGAUGGGUUUCCUCUAUGUCGCAAGUGGCCCAUUAGUCAGAUCCUCUUACAAGGCUGGAGAAGCUUUCAUUGAGAAUGUGUUGAGAAAAAGACAACACAAUGUUGGCGAAGCAAAGAGGCGGACGGAAAUAUGAUUUAGUUGAUUUAUCUCGUAUAGCACAAGUGAUUGCUGGAUAAUGAAAUUUUCCGUCAGAUUCAAGUACAUAGCAAUUGAAACAAAAAAAAAAACUAAUCCAUAGACAAACUACUGAGAUCGCC